AUGGACACAAUUAAGAAAGGAGUGGGAACGAACGAAAAAGUAAGUUUACGAGUUUCUCGAAGUGAUUUUUGUUUUCAUGGAAUUGUGAUACUUAAGGCCCAAGAGAGGAAAAAGGGCGACUAUCAUUCAGUACAGAGAUUCCAAGGGCAUUUCCCUUCCUUAAAAUUCAUACAUGUAACCACCCUUCAGGGGGAAGUUCCACCCACAGCAGGAGAGGUGAUGAACUUCUAUGUCAUCUUGUUGCUCCUUUUCAUACAAGGACUGGCACUAGGCUGUUGUGAAGAAUAUAAGGCUGACAACAUCAGUGGUGAGGGAUCCUGGGACCAGGGUGAUUGGAGUGGAAGUGGCGAUACCAGUACUGGUGAGAAUGAUAACUUCACCGGGUUUGACUCUGGUUCAAGUUCAACUGACAAAGGCGAAGAUGACGGACAGCCUAAAUUUUAUCCGAGAAUCUCGCAAACUCACUCUAACAGGAAUUUUGUUACCUCCGGUGUUGGUGAAGACAAAGGAGGAUCCCGACAAGACGGAUGGUCACACGACAACUCCGAAAAGAGUGGAUACCAAGAGAACACCAACGAGGAUGCUGGUUCUUCAAUGGAUCUUUCUAAAGUUGGCGAAGCAAUUGAUGUGAUGAAAAGGCUAAAAAAGGCCAAGUCAGAUCAGGAGUUUACCAAAAAGCUAAGAUCAGGCCCUGAAAGCUUAGGCGUUGCUUUCAAAACAUUUGAACAACUUAGUGGCCUUUGGAUAUCAGUUAUGCAUAGAAUAUGGAGAGUUUGGAAAGCAAAAGGAGCCAAAGUAGUGAUGCAUUCCAUCGUGAAUGAUAUAAUGCACAACACAGGAAGAGCAAUCACACAGAAACUUGGAAAAAUGCUGAACAACACAAUUGAUGUGCGCAUGAACAGCAGUGGGUCAGCAGUUUUGGAUAAAGAUGACGGUUCAACAGAACCCGAACAGAAGCACAGAACAGACACAGUUCACCAUCAAGCGGAUCUACCGGUUCAAAAAGUUAGUAUUGAUUUUAUCAAAAACGUUUCGAAUACAGGGAGGAAGUCGUCUCAAACGAAACCCUUCAAGGAGCCAUCAGAAGAGAAAGUAAAGGUGUCGUUUUUAAAGAGGAACAUGAAUGAAUCUAAACCAAAGCUAAAACCUGAGACUGACAAUUCAGUAGAGAAUACCACGUUUGUGAUCCAGAAAACGUUAGAGGAUAAAGAAAAUAGCAACGUCACUUCCAUUCGGGAAAAGUCACAAACUCGUUCUACUUCGGUGCCGAAAAUAACACUUCCUGUCUCAUUAUCAAAAGGUAAAGAACAAAGAUCGAGUACUAAUAAAACCUUGGUGACAAUUAACAAGGAUACAGAGAGAAGUAAAUCUGACGCUCGUAAGGUAGAGACACAGAAAGGAAAGCAACAUCUUAAGAAGAUUGAAGUGCGAGAAGGAGAAAAUAACUCUUCCGAGAAGUCAAGUGGUCCCUCAUUAGGAAGAGGGAAUAAAAGUCGCUCUGUAGUAAAGUUACGCGGCACUGACAACAGCACACAGAGCGGAAGGAAGCAAUUGCGUUUGGAAGGCGAAAAACCAGCAGUUGAGCAUGCGCAAUCAAGUGCAAUCACUAAGGCGACAAACGAUAACGUGAGAGAUCAAAACGACUCAAAUAGUUUCUUUCCCCAGAGGAAAGUCAGUCAAAAUGAGGUAAACGCAUCACUAAGCGAGAAAGAAAGAGUAAAAAAGACUGGAAAAGCUAAAAUGUUGGAAACAAUGAGAAUAAGUUUUUUUAAUCGAAAUAAGACCUCACUUUCAGAUCCUAAAACCACUCUCUCUAAUGUCAUUGGUCCGGAAACAAGAGGCAAUACUGCUUUACCAGCAAAACUCAACACAUCUAACACUCCUCUACACCAGAAGUCUAAUUCUAAAACUGAUUCACUAGAAGAGUCAACUUUACGCAAGUCAACUUCAGCUCUUAAAGAAGAGCACAAAGAGACAUACCCGACCGGAAAAAAAAUUCUUACUGGCGAGAGAAAUCAAACAAAUGAAGAACCUGAUCUUCAAAGGGAUAAAAACAGCUCAAGAAAAGGGCCUACUGGGAACAACAGAACAACUAUCUCCGAUGCAUUGCGAAAAAGAACAAAAACACCUCAGUCAGCGAAAUCCGAGAAUAUAGUUAUAAAGAUGAAUAGAAAAGAAGGGGCAUCAGGAGUGUACAAAGCAAAUGAUACUGUUAAUCAAAAUGUUAAUGUAAAGGCUACGGAAACUCACAAGGUAAAUAAAGGCACUGAUAUUUAUUCUAUGCAACAGAACGUCGUUGCAAACCUGAAAACACGUCAAAUAAAUGAAACCAAUCCCGUUGAGUUGACGAGUAAAGGCACAGAUGAUAAUUCUGUACGCCAGCAAGUAAAAAGCUCUACCAUCAACGUCGAGAGAAAAGAAGAAAGAUCUGGAUCACUGACCUCUACAAACUUCCUCACAGAUCAAAAAAGGUUAGACUCGUCUAAAAAAAAGUUUGAAGAAUCCAAAGUUACAAGUGAAGCAGCGCUAACUGCUUCAACGAAAAAACAAACAUUUGACAAAGAAAAGAUCUUUAUCAAUAGGGCAAACGUCACAAACUCUGAAAGAGAUCAUUUAAGUAAUUCACAAAAUGAUGGAAUUGCAAAAUACAAAAAAGCUACCCCUGGAGAUGUGCAAAGAACUCUUGAUAACAAUUCAAGGAUUAUUGUUAAAAUUAAGAACAAGAAACAAAUGAAACAAAAUUCUCAAGGAAAGUUGGUGGAUAGCAUCAGCAGUGCUCUAAAGAAGGAAACGCAGAGAGGUGCAGCCACUUCAGUAUCAGCAGAUGAGUCACAACAGAAGAUCAUUGUGACGUUGCAAAAGCUGGGAAAUUCGAAAGGAACCAUCCGAAAUGUUAAGGAGGAAAAGACCAAACAGGAUUCAGUGGGCAAUCACAGUGAGACGCAAAAAGAUCAGACAAAUGAAAAAAGCAAAUCAUUAGAAAACACAGAGAAUAUUGAGAUCAAACCUGACCUAAAGAGCGGGGAGCCAAGUGUUAAAGAAACGUCCUCACAUGCCCCUGACUUUAAGCUUGAGAGCAAGGAUAAAACAGGCUCUGAGAGCUAUGUAAAUGAUACUCAGCAUUCACACGGAAAUUCUAUAACAAAUAAAGAGGAGAAACAUCGCAGAUCUUUCUCUAAGAAGAUUCUGGUAAGUCACGAAGAAAAAUCUGACAAACCCGAAAAUGAAAAUAGAGAAAAUGCAGCAAAUGGCCCAGUAAAAACACAUGUAACACAAAGUCCAGGAAAAGGUUUGACGCAUGAAUCAGGAAAUGGCUCCAAAGAUUAUUCGGGAAGUAGUGUGAUACGUGAUUCAGGUAAUGAUGCAAAACAUGGCCCAAGAAGUGGUGCUAAUCAAGAUCUAGAAACUACAACAUCAGAUCUACUGAUCAAGGCAGUUAAACACCAUUCAAAGCAUGUUUCGAAUCGUGUGAUAGUCCAACAUAAAGUAUCUCAUUCGCCUCAACAAGUGUCUGACGCCAAAUCCAAGCAACUUGGUAAACCGGAGCUGAUGUCAAAGCAACCAAGCAGGGCUGACUUGGAGAGUGUUCCACCACAAAAAGAUACCAAACAUGAGCUUUUUAACAUGAUGAAGAUGUCACAAGAAUCGCACCAAGAUUCUCAGGCCUCACGGAAAACCAAAGAGGAGCGACCACCUAGCACUACGGAGCAGUCUUCUAGUACUACGGAGCAGUCUCCUAGCAGUACGGAGUCGAAAGAUCACCAAUUACCAGUCAACGGAAUUGACGAAAGCGCUCCGCCCGGGAAAAAACAGAGUAACUCAUCUGUGGGUGACCAAAGUCCAACGAAAGAGAAUGAAAAAUCACUGAAACCUAAUCAAGGAAUUGAUGACAAAGUUUCGUCCAGUAAAUUAAAGAGUAGUUCUCCCGGAAUGAAACAAACUCCAGCAAAGGAGGAAAAAAAAUCAUCGAAAACUCAGCAAGUUGAAGUCUUGACAUCUCGAACCCCUCCUACUUCCCUUCUGACGACUUCAAACGACGACAAUACAUACAGCAUUAAACAGAUUGUACAAGGGCCAAGGGGUUCGAGUUAUGUUUACGGAAUCCACAAUGAUGACAAAGUUCACAAUUUGGAGAAAAAGGUUUCAAAGCUGGAGAGCGAGGUUAUAGUUUUGGAGACAGCGAUGGCAGACUUGGCGAAGCGCCUCCUGGUCGUAGAACAAAAUUCAGAAGUCCCUAGGCCGACUAUGCCAACCACUAUACACUCUUCCAUAAAAUCCGAGCCUGACGAAAAGCAACCAGUUCACAGCCAGCAAACCAAUGUCUAUGUUUCCAAAGACGAGGCUCCAAAAUUAUUAAAUCCCGAAAAGAUUGUUAUACCAAUUUCCUCUCUCUUCUCUGAAAGAGCAGACCACGAAAACAAACCUUCUCAUUCCAUUCAUGAAAUAGACGGCGAACAAGAGACCAGAGUUGAAAAUCGUCUCGAUAAUGAAGACCAAGGGAAGUCCCAAGAUACUGUCCGGCUGAGUUUGCGUGGAGGAGCUCAAUCAUCGCCCUCCUCCGAGGCUCACGCGGUGGUGCGCCCCAUAGUGAACAUUAUAGUACCAAACAACAAGGCGGACUUGUUCCCGGAUGGAGUUUCAGCAGCGUGCAUUCCAAGAUGUCAAAAUGGUGGAAGGUGCUUAGAAGGGAACACUUGUAGAUGCCCGACCUUUUUCAAAGGAGACCACUGUGAACGCUUUUCUCUCAAGGAUCUACUGGAGAGCUCUAAUCUCCAGGAAAGACCUCACAGAAAGCUCCAACGAAUUGUUGUGUCAGAACCACCAGAACACCAGAUACUUGAUGGGGCUCUAAACUUAGAUCCAGGCCCUCCAACAGCUGUAGAAUACAAAGGCGUUAGCCGGUAUAGAGAUAUAAAUCAAGAUAUUUUGCCUGCCAAAGAAUUUGUUGCCAAGCAACAGCCUACAGAGUCAACUUUACCCAUCAAUAGCGCAGAAAUAGAUGGCGGUACAAGAAGACAACUUAUCCUCGAAAUUUAAAAAAGAAAUUCUUUUAGGAUUUGAAAUUGAUGAUUGCAUCAAUCUGUUUUUGCCGAAAUAUCCUUAGUCAUCAGAAUUGUUCGUGAGGGAACUUAAGCAAAGCUCGUCUCUCAUUAAAACUCAAAGCUGCCUCACAUCUCAUGCUUGUAAGAAGCGCUGGUACCAUUAGAGACGGAGAGGCAAUGCAAGCUCAUUUUGUAAUAGGCAUUUUCGACGGCGUCGCCCCGAUGAUUCCUUAAGUUCCUAAGCAAAUAACCUUCUUUUAGAUACCACCAAAUAUAUGGUGGGAGAAAAAGAGGGUUAUCCCAACUAAGGUCGCCUAAAAAUUCACAGAAAGCUGUUUCGUAAUUAGACCCAUUUAAAAAUUGUUUAGCUUGUGUUCCGACAAAGUCUUUAAUUAAGUUAUAUUGUCUUCCAUUUCAUGUUUUCUUACACUGGGAGAUCGGUUGAAAUAAGAGUAUAUGUAAAUGUAAAUGUAAAUAGCAGUAGUUUGACAAGGUGAGUCGAUUGUAGAAGGGAAAAUGAACGAGGCACUGAAACAGUGCGGCGAAACUCAACAGGUUUUCUUUCCACGACGAAGUCGGAUUUUCUUUUUCAUUUUUCAAUUAUAAAUAUUUGAACCGGAUAAAGGAAAACACAAACAUAAAAAUAUUAAACGAGAUCGAAAAAUGGCUUUACAAAUGCGAAACUAAAUCAAUACAUUCAACCAUUUUUUUGAAGAUGUGAGCCCCUAAUAAAAACGCGUUUUUUUUUUUCAAAUUUGAAUUAUAUACUGGCAUUGCAUGAUCAGCUAAGAAGGGGCCUGAAUUCAUGAGACAUAAAAAGAAUGUGGCCACUCACUGAAUCUCCAGGUUUGAUGUAGGUUUGUAAAUGUUUAGAUGCCGUUGUGAUUGCUUACCGAAGCUACGUCAAAAUACGUUUAGCUUUUUUACAAGGUGUUUUACGAGGCUGGGAACGAAGUUUUGGAAAAAAAAAAAAGAAACCAGAAAACUAUUGGUUUGGUAAGAGAAAAAAACACCAAAUGUGAAGAAAACCAAUCAGGAAAGAUGGUGAUCAAGAAUGAUGAAGAUUUGCAAUGACUGCAAAUGCCGGACAAGUUUUGAACCUUGAGGCUAAACUUUUGAGCUGCACAAGCUGUGACGUAACUUCUUGAAGCCCCUUGUACAAUCCUAAAGAAAAACAAUGGAAAAUAGAUAACAAACGAUGUAAAUAUGGCAUUUUGGUACAAGUAGCGUGAUAGUGGCCUUGUCGGGAAUAUUGGUUUUUGUAAUCUCACUUUGAAAAGUU